CUUUAAAUUCAAGCACAGAUAGUAAUUACGAAGAAUAAUUUUUGUUGUCUCUGAUUGGCUGGAGGAUUCCUCUCUCAUCAUCACUAUCGCUAGGGUUAGCUAUUUUUAACCCAACUGGAGAGAAGACUGUUAAUUCGUAACUCUACUCUGUAGCAGCUUUCAGGGGGAUUAUUAAAUUUGUUACAAGAAUGGGUGAUGAGCUGCUGAUAAUGAAAAACAUGAACCUGAAACAAGGGGAUAAAAUCAAAAUCAAAGGAGUUGUCAAGCCAGAUGCUAAAGGGUUUUCACUUAAUUUGGGAUCAGGUGAUGAGAAUGUGGUCCUACACUUCAACCCACGCUUUGAUAUGCUUGGAGAUUACAGAACUAUAGUAUGCAAUUCCAGAGAAGGUGGCACUUGGUGUGAAGAGCAACGAAACACUAAUUUCCCCUUUGAAUCUGAAGAGGAGGCUGAAAUAUCUGUCUCGCUUAAGGAAGGUUGCUUUGAAAUUAAGGCACAAGCUGAAGAGAUGAGCUUUCCAAAUCGUAUGCCAGCUGAAAAGAUAAGCAUGCUUUCCAUUCAAGGAGACUUUAUUGUCAAGUCCUUCAAAAUUGAAACCUAAUGUCAAACUUCUGGAUUAGUUCUUAAACAAGUUUAAGCAUAAACCAAAGCCUCCAAGCAAGCAUUUAUUUACAGGACUCUUGCACAUCAGGUGGAUUGUUGUAGCACCUUCGUGAAAUGCAUUUUUUACUUCUAAUUGUAUUUUCCAUGCAUCUGUAUUUGACUUUACUAGCAGUGUCCUGUAGAGCUAAAAGUUUCUUAAUUCGUUUUCCCACCUUCUGCUAAGACAACUUUUUGCUAGAGCCUCUCAUUUUGGUUGCCAGCUUCUAAACUACAUUUUUUGGCAUUCUGUCUCCAGUGCUGUCGUUCUUUUCUCUGCUAUUUACUUUAUGGUGUGUAAUAGGACCAUGUCGCCCCCUUUCCUCGUCUACUUCAAAUUCUCCAAGUUUAUGUACUUGCAUGUUUAGAAGACUUGUGCAAAAUGUCCUAUGCACUUUGAUUCUUGCAAGUCCACUUCUCAACCUAUGCUCCUGGCUUCUGCCACUCUUCAUUGCUACCACCAUUCCAGUCUAUAAAUAGGUGUUUCUCCCUUUUGAUACUCCUCCAUAGUAUAUUUCUAGUGCUGUGGACUUUUGAGUGCAUAUGCCAUCACCUUUAACACAGAAGUUCUGUUAUCUAUAGAAUCCAAUUAUCUGUAGGGUUAGAAACUAAAUGAAUAUUCUAGAUGCAUCCUUGUGAUGUCUCCAGAUUGCACUUUCAUGAUCUCUGGUGGUAGUUGCAGAGAAUGGUGAAUUGCUGCUGCCCAGGUGCAGGGCUUGAUUCCUUUCACCUUUUGCCUGCUGUGCAAGUCUGAGCAAGUCACUUAAGCAGACAGUGCUCCUGGGUCACUUCUGAAAAGGCCAUUGUACCCAGUAGGCUUUCCCAAUCAACAAAUGGGUAAUGCAAUGGAGUACAUUUGAUCACUUCUUGCACUGCAUGGCAUAAACCUUCAUGUAGUCUUUCUGCCCAUUUAGGGGUGGUAUUCCCAUUAUGAAUGUCCUUUAAACACCACAUCAAAGUUCAUGAUAUCUUACCAGGAUGCUAGUCUUAAUCUUCCUCUGAUUUUUAACAAGGUCAUCUACACAUUUUGCCUCAACCCCUUCCUCGAGAUUAACUUGGCAUGCUAAACUCCUAUGGACACUUUCUUGACAACUAGUUUGAUCUUACCAGCUUUUCUCUUUUUUUCAGUAGACUUUAACCGAUAUUGCACCUAUUUUAGUUGCCAUCUUUGAUACGGAACAGUUUACAGACCUGUGCCACAACCAUGGUAGUGAAACCUAGUGGGCAGAAGGACCAAGGACAAAAUCUUAAACCACUAUUUCUAAUGCAACUCUACUGAAGGAUCCUUUUUCUUCCAAAUGUUAUGAAUUUCUAUACAGCUGAUGUAAUGCUCAUUGCCAACUGAAAUGAAGCACAGAUUAUGUCUAUUGAGGACCCAGAACAUUACACAGUUUGGAAUUUGCAAGUUCUGUGCACUGUUUAAAAAAAAAAAAAAAAAAAAAAACUGACUUAAUAGUAAUAAAGCUAACUAUUUAUCAAAUA